ACAUCGGAAACACAGCCUCUCCGAUCCGUCGCCGCUCGUGCCCGCUCGGUUAAGGGGCGUUUGCGCACUCCCGAGACAUCAGGAAAUAUGGCGGCGCUCAUGACUCUCAGUCAGUUAUCAAGUGGCAACCCAGUCUAUGAGAACUAUUACAGACAGCUGGAUCCACUAGGCACAGGCAAAGUAUCGGCUGGAGAUGCAGCGCAGUUCCUCAAGAAAUCAGGGCUGUCAGAUAGUACAUUGGGAAAGAUUUGGGAUUUGGCAGAUUCAGAAAGAAGAGGCUAUUUGGAUAAACGGGGUUUCUUCAUCGCUCUGAGACUUGUAGCCUCAGCACAGGGUGGAAAUGAUAUCAGUCUUAGCAACCUCAACCAGAACUUAGCUGCACCUAAAUUUAGAGACACUAACAGCCCUUUAUUAAGCGUUUCAACAACAGGACCUGACUCACAGUGGGCAAUUAGGCCUGAUGAAAAAGGGAAGUUUGAGGGCAUUUUUGAGAGUUUGGUCCCUGUGAAUGGUCUCCUCUCUGGUGAUAAAGUCAAGCCAGUUUUGAUAAACUCCAAGCUACCUCUGGAUGCGUUAGGAAAGAUUUGGGACCUAAGCGACGUGGACAAAGAUGGGUACUUGGACAAAGAUGAAUUCACAGUGGCCAUGCACCUUGUUUAUCGUGCCAUGGAGAAGGAGCCUGUCCCAACUACUUUACCCACUUCCCUCAUACCCCCGUCUAAAAGGAAAAAGUCUGCAGGUGGGCUGCCAGGUGCUGUGGCCGUACUGCCUGCGCUCUCCGGUUUUACGCCAGGCUCGGCUCCUUUCAAAGACUCCUUGCGAAGCACUCCUCCUUUGGUCCCAGCUGCUCCCCUCAGCACCAGUGCUGUCAGCCUCUCCCCAAAACACUCCUUUAAAUCCAGCUCACCGCCAGUGGUGAACUGGGUGGUACCGCUGGCUGACAGAGAGCGAUAUGAUGGGAUCUUCAAGAAAACAGACAGCGACAAUGACGGCCUGGUUAAUGGAACUGAGGUCAUAGAGAUCUUCAUGCAGUCCACUCUCUCCCAGACGAUGCUGGCUCAGAUAUGGGGACUUGCUGACACCAAACAAACUGGCAAGCUGAACCGGGAGCAGUUUUCUCUUGCCAUGUACCUGAUCCAGCAGAAGGUCACUAAAGGCAUAGACCCUCCCUCUACUCUAACUCCAGACAUGAUUCCUCCAUCAGAGAGGACUGCAGCUUCAGUGGCGAGUCCUAGCUAUGCGGGGCUUAUGUCAGCUGUGAGACCUGAUCUUGCUGCACUAGCUUAUAUGCGCAGAGACAGCACCAGCUCCACGGGGUCGGCCGAGCUGACAGGCAUCAAAGAGCUGGAUGACCUCAGCCAGGAAAUAGCUCAGCUGCAGAGAGAGAAAUUCAUUCUGGAGCAAGAAAUCAGGGAAAAGGAGGAAGCCAUCAGACAUCAAAACACCGAAGUUCAGGAAAUGCAGAAUGGAUUAGACAGGGAGAGCAGCAGCCUGCAGGACCUGGAGUCGCAGAAGCAGGAUGCCCAGGAACGUCUGGAGGAAAUGGACCAGCAGCGCUCCAAGCUGGAGGGAAUGCUCAACGACGUCAAGCAGAAGUGCCAGGAAGAGACCCAGAUGAUCUCGUCCCUGCAGAGCCAGAUCCGCUCUCAGGAGACCGACCUCCGCAGCCAGGAGGAUGAACUGAGCCGCACCAAGGCGGACCUGAGCCGACUGCAGGAUGAGGAGGCAAUGCUCGAGCAGAGCCUGCUCUCCGGUCGGGUCCAGCUGGACAGCAUCACCAAGUCGCUCAAAACCACUCAGGAAGAGAUCAACCAGGCUCGCAGUAAGCUAUCACUCAUCCAGGACAACCAAAAGGAAGUGACCAAGACCAUUGAACAAUACAACAACGCUUUGAGCGACAUCAACGGAGGAAACUUCAGCAACCUUCCAGAUUUAGGUGAAGGCUUUGCUGAGAAGGAGAACGGAGGUUUCAGAAGUGCGGAUGACUCUUUCAAGUCAAGGAUAGCCAUGUUCAACAACAGCAGUGCAAAGGAGCCUCCGGCUGACCCCUUCCAGUCAGAGGACCCCUUCAAGCCCGACCCCUUCUUAGAUCCAUUUGGUGGAGAUCCUUUCAAAGAAAGUGAUCCCUUCAAAGGCACCUCAUCUGAUGAUUUUUUCAAGAGGACAGACAAGUCAAACCUGUUUGGAUCCUCAGACCCCUUCAGUAGAAAACCCACACCACCAGUCAAGCCAAGUGCCCUCAGCAGUGGUGACCCUUUCACAUCAAGCAGCCCAAAACCAGAUGUGUUUGGGACAGCGGACCCCUUUGGAAGCAACUCUUUUGGGGGCAAGGGGGGUGGAUUUGCCGAUUUUAGUCAGAUGUCAAAGAAGUCGGACAAGCCUGUCCUCCCAUCAAAGAAAAAUGUGCCUAACCGGCCUGCACCUCCCUAUGGAGGUAUGCUCAGUUUGACUGCAUCAGAGCCGUUCCAGAACAUUCGCUCCACAGCAGACAGUAAAGACGCUUUUGUUACGACACACUCGAGUAAAGCGUCCAAAGACCGCCCUGUGGGUUUUGCAGAUUUUGGCUCUUUUGGAAGUGAGACCGAUCAGCUGGAGUGGGCCAAGCGGGAGAGCGAGCGUGAGGAGGAGAGGCUGAGGAGGCUGCGGCUCCAGGAGCAGCAAGACCUGGAGCUUGCCAUCGCUCUCAGCAGGGCCGACAUGCCCAGCGCCUGACCAGGCAUGCCCCGCCGCAUCUUUUUGUCCUCCCCUCUGCCUUACAGUCCUCCGUCCGCAGGCUCAUGACAACAGCACCAACACUGGCCCGACACAACCCGGAGCCCCUGUUACCAAUUUGUGCAUGAGACCAGUGUUUCUCCAGCUACGACUGGACUCAUGUCAAACGACUUCACAUUUAGCAACCAGUUAUGGUUCAUUGCUACCAAACUACACGGCGACUAUAAUCAAGGACAAUACGGAGCCGCUCUACUGAAGCCUGGCUUCACCCUGCAAGAACGUAGUGAUUUAACACAACUCAAACCAGCUACAUCUAGCUCCAUAUCUUGUAAUGGCUAAAUCACCUUGCCUUAUCCAAAAGCCUCUCUGUUGCAAGAAAAAAAAAAACUUUUAAUAAUAUUUUACUGUUUUAUUUAUAUACAAACGCAAUCUGUGGUGUAUGAAGUCCUUGUAAAAUGCACUGUAUAAAACGUUUUAUAUAACCUUUAAUUACUCUGGUAAAAUUUGUAUUCAAAGUUAAACCAGAUAUGCUAGUUAGUCUGGCCUUUGAAAGAGUUUGUCCAAAUUCUGUUUUUUUUAAGAAGCGUCGUCAUGCACUGUAAAUAUUGUCAGCUGACGGUUUUAUGAACAAGCCCUGGCACAGUCCAUCCUAAAAAAAGAACAUGUGCUUAGUGAUCCGAUCAUCCAUUCGCAUGGUUUAGGUUUUUAUUUUAAAUGUCACAACUCACAAGUGUUUCUUGCCAUUUAUGCCUGCAUAUGGAAUAUUUAUGGCCUUAAAGUUCAAGGAAUUAGGACAUUUUUAAUAUAAUCAAACCCGAUCCACAUGAUCAAAGUAGAAUUAUGAUGUUUUGUAAUCCCUGCUAAGCGUUUAAGUCCACACAUGGCUUUGGUUUAAUAUGAUUCAGCACCAUAUCAUCAGUUGCCUCGUGCAUUUGCAAUAAUUAAGACGCUAACGAUAAUCAUUGAGGUCUUCCCUUCUUAUGAACAAAGUUAAGUCCACCUGCUGUUGCACCAUCCCUCCGAUGUCAACAGCUUGUGCUUGUCAAAUGGUUUGUCAUUGGUUGCCUUGUAUACGCCCUAACAACUUGCACUCCCAUACAACUAAAAGCCUCUAUGAAAUAGAAGUAGUGUAAACCUACAUUGUUUAUACUGGUGCUGUUACAUUUACUUUUAUCCUUUUUACUUCCUCACACUACAUCUGCUUCCAAUUUUUUCUUUCUUUUCUCUUAAAUCAACCGUUGGAUCUUUUUUCUUCUAUGGAUUUUUUGUCAUCUUCAUUAAUGUCUUAUGAUCCAGUUGGAGGACAUUUGUUCAAAUAUCGCAUCCUCGUAAUGAUAUUACACUAAUCAGGUUUAUUCGGCACAUAAUGUAUGCACUGUAUAUUCCAGAGCGUACUGGACAUGUACAGAGUGACAGCGCCUUAUUUAUCAACAUAUCAACAUUGUAACAUGUAAUAUUGCACAGUAUGUAUGUGAUUAUUAAAAAAAAAUCUCUGUAAUAACUUUUAAUUGAAUAAAAAUGAUUUUUAACAUUCCUGGAACAAGGUAAGUCACAUUUUAAAUGAGAUAUUGUGACAACUGCAGAGAGAAGUCAGCCAGUCAAACAUCACAACAACAACAUUAUCUCCGCAAUUUACACGCAGUGUGUUAUGAAGGAAGUGAGUAGUGAACCCUGUUAUUAUAUUUUAUCCCAUGCUUUGAUCAAAUUUACAGUCAUACCAUGCGAUCAAGAUAGAUUGUUUACAUCUUGGUUGAGUUGAUAUUGGAACAAAAAAAAAAAAAAAAGUGAAUUGAGAGUGAUACAUUUGCAUUUCCCACUGCAGUUAUUUUUAACCUAAUGUGCACUUCCUCUUUUUAAAAAUAUGAAAAAUUCUAGUAAAGUUUUCAUCAACUCAUCCAAGUCACAUUCUGCUCGUACGUUUUAAAAUGGAUGCAUUUAAAGUAUGAGACAACAGUGGAACUGCGAGGCUCCGCAUUUGAUGAAGGGUGUGGUUCUUUCAAGUUUUUUUUUACGUUUUCAAAUUGUCAUAAUGAAACAGAAAGGGGAACUUUGUAUUGAUCACAAACCAGAUAUUUCAAGAAUAUUAUUUCAUAUUUAUGUACUCUUUAAAAUGCCAUCUGGCUUUGAUAGAUCUCAACGCAGCCUUUGAUGCGGGGGAAACAAAUGCUCACUGACACCAUGCAGACAUAAAAUGCACAGAGUCAAGAUACUUUGAAACUGUAGUGCAGGGUGACUCUGUGUAAUUGUAGUAUUAAGGCUCUUUGAUGUCCUACUAUAAUUUCUACCCAUCAGAAAGGGAGUCUAAGGGCUCCCUGAUGAGGGUUUGCUGGGCCCCUCUGUCCAGACGGCUCCCGGCUCACUCUGUAAUUAUGGAAAUGGAGUGUUUGUAUUUAUAGGCUAAGCCCACAAGUGGCUGCCCUUCUCUGUCUUGCAGCUGCAAAACAUCACAGUGGAAAUCAAGUGCCCAUGUUUUAAAAUUAAAGUGAGUACACAAUGGCAACAUGUAUGACCUAUUUAGUG